AUGACCAGCACCGUGACCAAGCCCACCCUCACCUAUUUCAACCUGUUCGCCCGCGCCGAGGUGCCCCGCCUGCUGCUCGAAGACGCCGGCGUAGACUACGACUUUGUGCCGGUCACCAACUGGCCAGAGACCAAGGCCCAGCUCACCGCCGCCGGCAAGCUCGCCUUCGGCCAGGUGCCACUCUACGAGGAGCCGGGCCUCACCCUGGUCCAGUCCAACGCCAUCGCGCACUACCUGGCCCGCAAGCACGGCUACAACGGCACCAACCCCACUAAAAAAUGA